UCGUGGUGCUGGCUGCUGCUUUUGAGGCGGCCGGGAUCGGGCGGUGGGGAGCAAGCGGAGCUGGCCCUGCCUCUGUCCGGCCGGCGCCACAGUCGGCGCGGGCCGCGCCCGCUGCCGUAAACUGCCCUGAGCGCCUGCUGAGGCCGAGGGAGACGUCGGGGCCUGCAUCUGGAGGGAGCCUGCCGCGCUGGCCCCAAGGAGCGGGCGUUGCCAUGGCGACAGCCUCUCCUGCUGCUGACGGGGGGCGGGGGCGGCCCUGGGAAGGAGGACUGGUCUCCUGGCCCCCUGCCCCUCCCCUUACUCUCCCCUGGACUUGGAUGGGCCCGAGUUGGGGGCAACACCCUGGGCAUUGGGGCUUUCCAGCUUUCACAGAACCUUCAGCAUCCCCAGCUACCAGCCUUGGCAUCUUCGAAGUACGGAGAGUUUUAGAUGCUUCUGGAUGUUCAAUGCUAGCACCUUUGCAGACUGGAGCAGCUCGAUUUUCUUCAUAUUUACUUUCAAGAGCAAGAAAAGUGCUGGGCUCCCACUUAUUUUCUCCCUGUGGUGUUCCGGAGUUCUGCUCCAUAUCCACCAGAAAGCUGGCGGCCCACGGCUUUGGCGCAUCCAUGGCAGCAAUGGUGUCCUUCCCUCCCCAGAGGUAUCACUACUUUUUAGUGCUGGACUUUGAGGCCACGUGUGACAAGCCACAGAUUCAACCUCAGGAAAUCAUCGAGUUCCCCAUUCUGAAGCUAAAUGGCCGGACCAUGGAGAUUGAGUCUACUUUUCACAUGUAUGUCCAGCCCGUAAUCCAUCCACAGCUUACUCCCUUCUGCACAGAGCUCACCGGGAUUAUUCAAGCCAUGGUGGAUGGUCAGCCAAGCCUGCAGCAAGUGCUGGAGAGGGUCGAUGAGUGGAUGGCGAAGGAAGGCCUCUUAGAUCCAAACGUCAAGUCAAUUUUUGUCACCUGUGGAGACUGGGACUUAAAAAUCAUGCUCCCAGGCCAGUGCCAGUACUUGGGCUUGCCAGUGGCAGAUUACUUCAAGCAGUGGAUUAAUCUGAAAAAGGCUUACAGCUUCGCCAUGGGCUGCUGGCCCAAGAACGGACUUCUAGACAUGAACAAGGGCCUCAGCCUGCAGCACAUAGGCCGGCCCCACAGCGGCAUUGGUCAGUCCUUCCACAUGUCCCCCUGGCAGCCCGAUGACUGCAAGAACAUUGCCAACAUCAUGAAGACACUUGCAUAUCGAGGCUUCAUCUUCAAGCAGACCUCGAAGCCGUUCUGAUUGGCCGAGAACGGGAUGGGGCAAUACAGGGUAGCUGCUUGGCCCAACCCAGAAUCAUCCUCUCCCUCACCAGAGGGAAAAGGGAGAGUGUCCCCAGCCUGCCCUGCGGGCUUGUGCCCUGGGUAAGGGCUUGGCCACGUGGUCCCUCUGGAGCAGAUACUUUGUGGCCCCCCAUCCCCAUCCCAUAACCUCAGCCCAGUAUUAGCCCCUCCCAUUAUGGGCCUGGGCUAGGGGACCCAGGCACUUACUGCCUCUCCCUGGUACACAGGCUUCUGCUGGGGCCACCAAGCCCCCUGUGCCCCCUCCCAUCUGUAGUGCAUGGUGUGUGGUGCCCCCAGGGCUCCAGGACAGAUCUCGUGUCCACCCCACCCCCGCUGUGAACGUGCCACUGAAUAAAGUCGGGGAAAUGAG